ACAGAUGGCGAUCCCCCUAACUUUGGCAACAACGUGUUGGAGUGUCUCAAUGAGCAGCGUCUCCAGGGGCUCUACUGCGACGUCUCCGUGGUUGUCAAGGGACACGCCUUCAAGGCGCACCGGGCGGUCCUGGCGGCCAGUAGCUCCUACUUCCGGGACCUGUUCAACGCUGGGGGGAAGAGCAGUGUGGUGGAGCUCCCCCCGGCCGUCCAGCCCCAGAGCUUCCAGCAGAUCCUGGCCUUCUGCUACACAGGCCGCCUCAGCAUGAACGUAGGGGACCAGUUCCUCCUCAUGUACACCGCAGGCUUCCUGCAGAUCCAGCAGAUCAUGGAGAAGGGCACCGAGUUCUUCCUCAAGGUCUCCUCCCCUAGCUGUGACUCCCAGGGUCUUCAUGCAGAAGAGACUCCGCCCUCCGAGCCCCAGAGCCCUGUCACUCAAACCACAGGGGGAGGGGCUGGGGUGGUUUCCACGGCAGCAUGUAGGCCCGCCUCCUGCCUGACACCCCUCCCCCUGGUGUCGAGGGUGAAGACUGAGCAGAGCGGGACUACGCCACAACCCACACCACAGCAGCAGGAGGCCACUUCCUACUCGGUGGUGUGCAGCCCUGUCGCCAAGCGCCUGUGGGAGGGGGCAACCGCGGUGACGGGGAGGGGGUCGGGAGGAGGAGGGGGGUCCAGGAAAGCCGCCCGCUACUCUUCCUCCUCCGCCUCCUCAAACAACUGCAACUCCCAAGAUGCAACGGGCAGAAAUGUUGUUAACCACAGUAACCAUAACAACAACAACAGUAACCAUAACAGCAGCAGCGUGGGGACGCCGGACGGAACGAGUCCGGGGACGCUGAGCAUGUACACCAGCGACUCGCCCCUUAGUUACCAUGAUGACGAGGAGGAAGAGGAAGUGACCGACGACAGCGCUGAAGAGCAGUACAGGCAGAUCUGUAACAUGUACACAAUGUACAGUAUGCUCAAUGUGGGCGCCACAGUAGCGGGCGAGCGCGUGGAGUCCCUACCGGAGCACCUCACGGCCGAGACCCGGGGCGGCAGGGGGGUGAGGCUACGCCAGGAUCUGGCUUCGCUACCUGCCGAACUCAUCAACCAGAUAGGUAACCGGUGCCACCCACGGCUGUACGAGGAGGGGGACCCUGCAGAGAGGCUGGAGCUGGUGACGGGUACCUCCGUGUUCAUCUCCCGCGCCCAACUCAUGAACUGUCACGUCAGCGCCGGCACGCGGCACAAGGUCCUACUGAGGAGGCUGCUGGCCUCUUUCUUCGACAGGAGUACUCUAGCGAACAGCUGUGGGACGGGGAUCCGCUCUUCUACAAACGACCCCAGCCGCAAGCCCCUGGACAGCAGAGUACUGCACGCCGUCAAGUUUUACUGCCAAAACUUUGCGCCGAGCUUCAAGGAGAGCGAGAUGAACGCCAUCGCGGCUGACAUGUGCACUAAUGCCCGCCGGGUCGUCAGGAAGUCCUGGAUCCCGAAGCUCAAGCUCCUCAUGGCCGAGGGUGACGCCUACUCCGCUUUCCUCCAAUCAGACGCCAUCAAGAUGGAGGCCGACGCCCUGGGGGCGGAGCAUGGGUUCGACCCCAACUCCCUGGCAGAAGAGGCGGCGGCAGCAGCCAAUAGCGAUGCGGGACCUUCUUCGGGGGAGGGGUUACAAGGCGUUGUGGGCGGAGACGGCAGCACUUUGUUUUAAAGUGAGUGGGCUUAUUGUGAUCUUAUUGGUCGAUGGUCUUUGAUCAUUGCUCCCGGAGAUACUUCCUCCCCCAGUUUUAGGUUGUUUUUUAAUGUCACUUUUCCAUAUUUUAAUCUCUUCCCUCAAUACUUGGAAUUUCAUUUAUUAUAUCCAUCUGUUACAUCCCUUGUUCUCUCUCUCUCGCCGUCCCAGACCCAUGUACAUAGUGUCUGCCCCCUUUUGGGCGGGAGAGAGAUGGAGGGAUAGAGGUGUAGAAAGAAAGAGGUUUGUCAUGUAAGGGGGGGGUUAACCUAGAAAUAUUCCCUGAUCCCAUUGUAGAAUCUUUUCUUGUUUUAAUGUUUGUUUUAAUGUUUGUUUUCUGGUUGGCGAAGGUCCUUUCUCCUUUCCAUAUCGCUGAAACACAUUCCCUAGGAGGGGGGGCCUUUUGGGUUGGAUGGUGGUCGGAUUUGAAUGGGGUAGUAAUGGGAGGGAGGAGGGGGGGGGGGUCUCCACUUGACGGUCUAAUAACACUGUUUUGAUAAUGAAUGUAUCGGUCGUGAAGCGUUGUCAAGUCACCUGUAUGUAUUGUCUGUGGACAGUAGAUUGUAAUGGAUUGAUUUGAUUAGAUUGUAUUCAUCAGCUUAUAUAGAGACUCUGGAAGUCCAACUGAAGGCUAUUUUAUGGGGAGGGGUUGAUAUUUGUGGGGGGGGGGGGGUACGUAAAGGCUUAAUGGUUGAAGUAGGUGUAUGUAUUCUGUAUAUUGGCAGGACUUUUGGACCACCCCCCUAACCCCCCCCCCCCACCCUCCUUGACCCUGAAAGUGACCAUUUAGAGGGCAGUUUUCAUUCCUACUUUUUCACUUUUCAUUUGUGACUCUCUUAUCAUAGUUUUUUUCUCUUUGCGUGUGCGACAUUUGACUUGUUGCCAAGAAUCCCUGAAAAGCAGAGAUGUGUUACUGAAAGAUGGUUGAACAGUUGGUGACUGGAUGAGGAAGAAGUUGCUCUGAUCUCGUAUUCAUGUUGAUGAUGCAGUAUGAUUUCCUAUACGUCUACUGAAUUCUGUGUAGAGGGAGAGAGAGGGAGGAGUAAGGGACCGUUUUAAAAUCAUGUCAGCUCACGCCCAUAUUCACAUUUCGAAGGAAAGUGACAUAUUUGUUGUCUCUCACUAUUAAGCAAGUAAUAACUGAAUAAUGUACUUGUCUUGCACUAUAAUACUAUAAUACAAGUCUUAUCCAAAUACUAGAAUCGUCUCCAUUUGACCAAGCUUGAAGCUGUGGGCUAGGGUGUAGGGGCUAGGGUGUAGGGGCUAGGGUGUAGGGGCAUUAUGUUAGAUGUGUGUACUGUGUAGUGUACACAGGGUGGACCCAUUCUGUAUUUGGUUUCGUUAUGGACUGAGGGAGGGUUGGUGUAUCCUGCUAAGAGGCAUUCAUGACACACACACACACACACACACAGACACACACACACGGAUUAAAGUACCCUAGAGGACUAAUCCCUAUACAUCCUGGGCGGACACAAUGGUGCCAAUUAAAGUAAUACGCCACACACACACUAUGCAUGUCAGUGUGUGGAUGGUGACAGAAGUGUGUGUUGUCACAUGUGGCAGAGAGUGAGAACCCAGACGGAGUGUGUUCACACAGGCUUGGCUGACUCGUUCAUCCAUCCAUCUCUCUCUCUCACACACACACACACACACACACACACACACACA